ACCUAGAUCACGUUCCCUCUCUUUGCAAGUUUUUUUGUUUUUCGCGAGAAAAAAAACCCUCACAUGUCUCUCAGCAGAGAAUCAUGUGCUCUGAAAAGGCAGACCAACAUUGUGUUCAUUGUUGCCAAAAUAUGACGCACGUCCGAAUCAACCUCACGAGUUGUGCAAUUGGCGUGAAAAAGCACUUGACGUCCACCCUUACAAAUGGAAGUCAACAACUCGCUAUUAUUCUCUGUACACCAAACACGGCCUUAUGUUUGCUGCUGGGAAAUAUGACACAACUCCUUCAUCGUGGUGGUAUCAUUUUUUUUUUCUCUCCCCCAAAAGUCAUAAAAGUCAGCAGUACCUGCAGCGCUCGGUGUUUACCGUUUCCACUUUGCAGUUAGCAGGACUCUGCACUUCUUUUGCUCACGACUUAUUUGCGCUUUCACGAACUCCGGCUGGAUGUCACAAUGGUGUUGAAUUGUACAGAAAUCGCUGAUGUGCUCGAGCGUUUCUACCUGUCGCCCUCAUACGGGCUGGAAUUCUGCAUCGGGUUCCCCGGGAACUUGGUGGUUGUACUCGGCUACCUCUUUUGCCUGCCCAAGUGGCAGAGCUGCAAUGUUUACCUCUUCAACCUAGCCAUCUCUGACCUCAUCUUCCUAUGCACGCUCCCACGCCUCUCCUACCUCUACGCCAACCAGCAGAGAGAAACCAACUACUACGCUUGCGUCAUCAACCGCUACGUCCUGCAUGUCAACCUCUACUCAUCCAUUUUGUUUAUGGUCUGGCUGAGCAUGGAUCGCUUUUUGCUCAUCCGACACCCCACGCGGAACCACUUCCUGUUGAAGCCGCGGGCGGCGUUGGUCGUGACCGGCUUGAGCUGGCUCGCCGUCAACGUGGAGGUGAUCCCCAUGAUAGCCUUGAUGCUCCAGGACCUGCAGAGUCGAAACUGGAGUCGCUGCAAUGACUUUGCCAGCCUCCAGGGGGAUGUCAGCGUUUUGGGCUACAGCAUGGGACUCACCUUAACCGGCUACGUUCUACCCCUUCUCGGACUCUGCGGUUUCUCCAGACGGAUUGCGAAGCUACUGCAGACUCAGGAAAGGGUUUUUCGCCGCGGGACGGCGCAAUACGAGCACGCUCUCAGGGUGGUGGCUUCGGCGUCGGCCAUGUUUUUGGUUUUGUACACGCCGUAUCACGUGAUGAGAAACGUCAGGAUAGCAUCGCGGCAGGCCUGGGCGGAAAUGCACUUGUGUACCAGGAUGUACAUCGAGGGCUUCUACAUUCUGACCCGACCCUUGGCCUUCUUGCACAGCGUCAUCAAUCCCGUCUUCUACUUCCUCAUGGGGGACAGGUUUCGUGAGUUCCUGCUGGCAAAAGUUCGAAAGCUGGCCAGAAAGACAUCGCAGCCAAGAGAGCCUGUGUGAAAAAUUCAGAAUAAUUAACACUUGAGCAAAUUUGUUCAUUUAUUCUCCACUCUAUUGGGUGGAAAAAUAUGCCUCUAAAGUGACGUCAGGCAAGAUGUCAGCAUGUCAUAAUGUGUCGUAAGCAACUAAGUGUCAAUUGUUUUGUUUUUGAUGUUUUCCAAAACAUGGUGUAAGGAUGGACUGUCAACAUGCAUGACAUCAUCUCACCAGACCUCAGCGUUGGCCAUGUGAACUCAAUUCCUGCCUGAGUGCUAAGCUUUUAUUUCACUGAGUGAAAAGGGAAUGUUAAGAGAUAAAUGUAAUUCAAGAUGAUUUACACACGAAGCUCCUCGAUUUGAAGUAAGAAGACUGGAAGACUCCAUUUUGUGCUGAUUUUACAGUGGCUGACUUUGUUACAACCUUCGUUCAUGUUCAAACUUUUAAAGUUCACUGUUUUUUUAAUAAAAUAUUUUAAACAUUG